AUGGGGAAUGCUUGUUUUCAUAGAUUAGACAAUUAGAGAUAAAAAAUUAUAAAAAUAAAUGGAUAUCCUAAGUUACAUUGUCCAAGUAAGUUGAUCUUAGAACCUUGUAUAUAAAAUAUAACAUAAAAUCUGGAUACUUUUGAAGAGGACUUUUUUAAAUGUGAAUUUAAAUUGGAUAUUUCUCCAGAUAAUCAAAGAAAUCAGAGUGCCAGAAAAGUAAAAUUGGGGUCGACCAUUGAAGAUGUCAAAAAACUAAAUAUAAUUGAAUGCCCUUCGUAUUUUGAUGAAAAAUCAGAUUUUGAAUUGGAGAAUUCAUUUGACUUUGUUAUGAACCAAAAUAGCAAUGACAAAAUAGCCACUUUUCAUGGUUAAAAACGUAAUCAUUAAAAAAAAAAAAAAUAAAAGGUUUCACUAUAAAAAAUAGAGAAGCCUAAAAGCAUUCUUAAAACUCACACCUAAUAACACAAUUCAUCCUUUUGUAGUUCAUAGUAUGUAAAGUCCCUAAAAUCAGUUACUUUCAGCAUUGAUACUUAUAAUUCAAGAAAUUUAAGAUCUUUAUCACCAUUGUUAAACUCCUUCUAAGGUAGAUUACCCUAAGAAAUGAGCAGAAGCAUGACAUAUUUAUAAUAGUUUCCUUACUUGUGA